AUGUUCGCCAAUGCUCAUCGCUUGUUCGGCAUUUCCGGAAUGUUGAAGACUCUAAAGAAGAUUAGUGAUGAUGAAGGAAAAGAUGCAGCAAUGAAGUCAAUAAUUUUUGAGUCGGAUGUUCGUGCAAAUUUCCCGGUUCAUGGAUGUCUCGGUGUUAUUAUCGUGUAUCAAAGUAUGAUCCAGAAGCACACGGAAGAGUUGGAUCGAGUAAAAAAGGUACUAAGUUUGUUUCAACAACACAAUCUUGUACCUGAUUUUUCAGUGGAUCAUUCUUUGAUACCUUCUACUAGUUCUCAAAUUCCAAGUUUUAACAAUGUUGGUGAAUAA